GAGACGCCCCCUGAGCGAGACAGUCCCGACGCUGCCUCUGCAGAGGAGAACGCAAUGGAGCCCCGAAAUGACUAAUUUCAGUCUCAUUUAAGUCCACGAGUUCCCACUCUUGCCCGGAAGAAAAAAAAUAACAAUUCUUAAUUGUGUCGUUUGUUUUGAAGACGCGAUAGAUUGCUGCAACGAUGUGGAUCCAGGUUCGCACCAUAGACGGCAAGGAGACUCGAACCGUUGAAGAUCUUUCUAGAUUGACCAAAAUUGAGUCUUUACGGUUGAAAAUACAGGAUAUUUUUAAGGUGAACCCUCAACAGCAGCGCCUGUUCUACCGUGGGAAGCAGAUGGAAGAUGGCCAGACACUGUUUGACUACAACGUGGGUCUGAAUGACAUUGUGCAGCUGCUGAUUCGCUCUCAGACCGACCCUCCAGACAGCCCCACCCACAAGGACUGCUCAGCCGUCACCGGUAGUUCUGCCGCUUUGCCCGACUCCAAACACCAGAGCUGCGACUCUCUGGCUCCCCUGUCCCCCACCAAUAUGGAGACCUCCCCCGACAUGGACAAGGAGAACGUCAGCAGCACUACCAGCACUGUAAAUGAAACCAAGCCGGACAACAGCGCCACCAGUGACUCCAGCAGUACCAAAAACGGUUUCAGUCCCGCACAGGACUCCCAGUCACCCACGUCCAGCAGAAACACACUAAUUGACCCAGGGAUUGGCCUGUACAAGAUCAAUGAACUGGUGGACUGUAGAGACGUAAGCAUUGGCGCCUGGUUUGAAGCUAGCAUCGAAAAUGUGACACUAACUCCCACGGAGAUAAAUCCCACUAAGGGUAAGGUGGGUCGGCCCCCAAAACGGACCAACUUGAAAGCAGAAGGCGAGCAGACCCAAGCCCAGGAUCUAAGCAAGGACACUCGCAGGACUAGUGCUGUGUUGAACACUGAGAGCAACGGAGCCUCCACCUCGCAGACAGACGCUUCGCAGACAGGCAACAAGGGGAAAGAGGAGAACGUCAUUUACCACAUUAAGUAUGAAGACUAUCCGGAGAAUGGCGUGGUGCAGAUGGGAGCAAUAGAUGUACGGCCACGAGCCAGGACUCUGCUGCGGUGGGACCAGCUCCAAGUCGGCAUGCGUGUGAUGGUCAACUACAACAUGGAAACCCCAGAUGAGAGGGGGUUCUGGUUCGACGGAGAGAUCGUGACCCUGAAUCAAACGUCCCGCACAAACAAAGAACUCAGAGUUAAUAUCCUCCUGGGGGGGGCAGGAGAUGUAAUUCCAGACUGUAAAAUCCAGUUUCUAGAUGAAAUCUACCAGGUGGAGAAACCAGGAGCUCGCCCGCUCUCCGCCGUAGAUGGACAGUUUAAACGGAAGAGUGGUCCGGAGUGCAAACACUGCAAGGCCGAUCCUGACUCCGAGUGCCGCUUCUGCUCCUGCUGUGUGUGCGGGGGGAAGCAGGACGCCUCCAUGCAGCUGCUGUGCGACGAGUGCAACAUGGCGUUCCACAUCUACUGCCUCAACCCGCCCCUCACCACCAUCCCAGAUGAUGAGGACUGGUAUUGUCCGACCUGUAAAAAUGACACCAGUGAAGUCGUCAAGGCCGGCGAGAAACUUAAAGCGAGCAAGAAGAAAGCCAGAAUGCCUUCAGCGACAACAGAGAGCCAGAGAGACUGGGGAAAGGGUAUGGCCUGUGUGGGGCGCACUAAAGAAUGCACUAUUGUUCCUUCAAACCACUAUGGACCCAUUCCUGGCAUCCCUGUAGGAACCACAUGGAAGUUCAGAGUGCAGGUGAGCGAGGCAGGUGUUCAUAGGCCCCAUGUCGGCGGCAUCCACGGGCGCAGCAAUGAUGGCUCCUAUUCGCUGGUGUUGGCUGGUGGCUUUGAGGAUGAAGUGGACAGGGGAGAUGAGUUCACCUACACAGGCAGCGGGGGCCGUGACCUCUCAGGAAACAAGCGAAUCGGAGAGCACAGUUUUGACCAAACACUGACUCACAUGAACCGAGCAUUGGCUUUAAACUGUGAUGCACCGCUGAACGACAAAGACGGCGCAGAGUCCAGGAACUGGCGGGCAGGAAAACCCGUGAGAGUGGUGCGCAGCUCCAAAGGUCGACGCAUCAGCAAGUAUGCUCCAGAGGAAGGGAACCGCUAUGAUGGGAUUUACAAGGUGGUGAAGUACUGGCCGGAGAUCGGAAAGUGUGGCUAUUUGGUUUGGCGUUACCUGUUGAGACGGGAUGACUUGGAACCAGCACCGUGGACCCCUGAAGGGUUGGAGAGAAUCCAAAAACUGGGCCUCGUGGUUCAGUAUCCACCAGGCUACUUGGCGGCCAUGGCUAACAAAACAAAGAAGGAGGCCUGCGCUCGACCCGGGCGCGGCGGCCGCAGCAAGCACUAUUCUUGUCGGGGGAGGCCACGGAGACGAAAGAUCAAGGAGAGACAGCUGAGUGACGAGGAAGAGGAUGAAGAAGAGGAGCCCAUAGAAGCAGAUAUGCAAGAGGAUAUGCCUCAAAGUAAUGGAGAGCAGAAGACAAAUGGAGAUAAUGAAUUGUCAGCAGAGGCAGAACCUCCAUCCAAACGUGUUAAAAUAGAGGAGACCUUUCAGCUUACGGAGCAGCAGCAGCAGCUGAUCCAAGAGGACACGGCCAACAAGAAACUCUGGGACGAAGCCAUGGAGAACCUUAAAGAGGGGCCGAAUUUCCUGCAAAAGAUGGAGCAGAUCUUCAUGUGUGUGUGCUGCCAGGAGCUGGCCUUCCAGCCAAUCACUACUGUCUGCUCACACAAUGUUUGCAAGACCUGCCUCCAGCGGUCGUUCCGGGCUAAAGUGUACACCUGCCCCGCCUGCCGCCACGACCUGGGCAAAGACUAUGUGAUGAUCCAAAACAAGGCCCUGCAGAUUCUCCUGGACCAGUUCUUUCCCGGCUACAGCAAAGGCCGAUGAGGUCCAGAACCAAUACGACGUGCUCGCACACUUGCAUCCAUCCUGUGCACCCUCCUAUACUGUCAAGUACCUACAGCUCCACUUUGAAAUGCACUGCACUCACAUAUUUACUUUCCCACGGGCCAGAUGCAUAUUGCAUAUUACAGCCAUUUAUGUAUACAAUCAUUCAUACACAAACAACCUCAGUAGGGACUUGACCUCAUCUGCACAACUUGGACUGUCUUCUCUGACAUCACCAGCCUGAAAUUCAAACCGAGGGACCUUUUUUACAAGCCCCCUCCCUCCACUCUGCCACAGAAGCUGGCUUAAAACAAAACGCACAAAAAAAAUGACCCCCAACACACAUUCCCUUUGUUUAAAAUUCCUGCCAACCUGUUUGCAUUUUGGGUACCAUGUGCGCAGUUUUACACCAAAUACUGAGCUCAUCUGAGUCUUUUACUAAGCCGAUAAGUAUUAGUGGACAGUGCUGGGAAAAAACUACCUUUGACUCAGAGAUGCAUCCAGUCGGAUUUGUUCGAAUUGCGUAAAUUUAGGGGAAUGACAGUAUGUUAUAAAGAUAUAGCACUAUAUUAGUGACUCGUGCAGUGGACUGGGUUUUUUUAUAGGGGUCAGUUGAGAAGAUUUGCCUGGAGUUAAAGCCAUUGUUUUGCCUUCAUUGAAUAGGGUGAACUGUAGCCUGACAGGAGAAACAUCUUCGGAGAAAAACCAUUGGCUUCUGCGCCGUCUCUUUUUGGGGGGACUGGAAGCCUCUUGGGAUUCGGGGUUGAGUCCGAAAAAUAAAAAGCUGGAGAACAGAUUAAGUGGUCAUUUAAAAAGAAGUCGGAUUCUAGGGAUCAGAUCGUCCUUCCAAGCUUAGUUGGUUUGUUCUAGUUUGCAUCUGUAUGGGCCACAAGAAAAGGUCUGAGGUUAAAGAUUGAGGUGCUGCGUCAGAAAUUCCUGCUUUUUUUUCCAAUUCCUUAAAAUUGACAUCAAACCACAAAGCGGAUGUUCUUUGUGUAACAAAUCUGGAACGAUCAGAUUCGAUUUUUAUAAGCAGAUAGUUGUCUGAAAGCUAAAAAAACAAAACAAUGGCUUGUUUUACUGUAAUCAUGAUUUUAUCCUCCAUUGUAGAAAAGCCAUGCUUAGUGAAAAUGCAUUGUGGGUAUUUGUCUCAGAAACAUAUUUUUAAUUUCCCUAAACCAUGGUAUGUGCAUGACAAAAAUGCACUAUCCUCAGUGUGUUAUUGUCACAAAUUCCUGGUAACCCAACCCUUUAUGUGUUGUCAUGUUUCAGACGUUUGCACGUCAAAACUAAAGGUGUGAAUGUUUUUGGAAGCAUUUCAUUUUAAAUUAAAAACGGCAAAAACCCCAAAGUCUUUGCAGAUGAGGGAGAAUGCAUCUCCCAAACUGCCAGAAAAAUUUCAGAGGGUUCUUUGAACAAACAAAACAAAAAAACGCACUUGUGUAACGCUUGUCUAGUGCCUUCGACCAGUUGAAAUCAAGAGGGAGCAACUAACCUCACAGCACAAUCAGCAGAGCAAUCUCACCCUGACCACGGGAGGUUGCAGAAAACUACCAAAUCACAAAAACAAGGUAAACGUUGGACAUAAACUGCAUCCAAAAUGUAAUCCGAAAACAAAAAUGGCUUCUUAAAAUCAUAAAAACAUGCCUCCCGUUCCAUUUUUACAGGAACUCAUCAUAAUUAAAACAAAUAUAUAUAUAUAUAUAUUAUAUAUUAUAUAUAUAUAUAUAUAUAUAUAUAUAUAUUAUAUAUAUAUUAUAUAUAUAUAUAUAUAUAUAUAUAUAUAUAUAUAUAUAUAUAUAUAUAUAUAUAUAUAUAUAUAUAUAUAUAUAUAUAUAUAUAUAUUUUGUUAGUGUUUUAAAAAAAUCCAUCAUUUUGUAGAUAAUAAAGAUUAGUGGACUUUCAGAAUAAUUGAACAACUUACAGUUUCAUUUAAAAAAAAAGUGAAAAACAUCCUAGAGUUUUAGAAAAAAACACAAAUAUAAAAUUUUGUUUUGGUAGAGGUUAAAAGGGUCUUUUUUGUACUACCGGUAGUUGCUUAUCUUAUUAAUACUUAACUGCAAUUUUAGUUAAGUAUUAAACAAGUGAAAGGACAUAUUUCAGUAUGACUGCCUCUACCAUAACCACAAUAAUUGAACUUAAUUUGAGUAGCUAUGUGCACAUAUGGUUCUUUAAAGUGCCCUGGGUUGGCAGGUCUAACAGCAACCAAAAUCCAAAGGCCUCCCGGAGAACCGCGGCAGUCUCCGGAUCGAUCCCUGCCACCGCUCACAUCACAAGUUUUCAGUUGGUUUCGUUGGGGAAAUGUUCAAGCUCUUUGUUUGGUUUCUAAACGAUAAAUUUUGUUCAGUGUAAUGAUCAACCGAAGCCAAUUUCACCUCAGUUCCUAUCCCUGCGUUGGCGUAAAGGUCAAAGUUUAAACUUGUUCCUGGCACUCCCACUUCUGUCUCAUCUCAGGCUGUUUUGAUUGUGAUGUCCUUGUUUCCAUUCAGUCAUUCAGGUUUUUUUUUUGUUUUAAUCAUAACGUGCAAGAACAAAUGGUCUGUUAAGCUAAAUGAUGCUCAUCACUUCCAUUGUUGCUUUUGUUUUCCUUUAAAUUUAGUUUCUGGGUUGAGGUAAGCCAACAUCCCUCCUUCCUUGUGACUUUUGCUCUGUUUCUUCUGUCUUCUGCUGUCUGUGAACCUACAGUCAAUACUAACAACUUUUAGAUGUCUUGUGAACGCUUUGCUUCAGUGCUGUGUUUUAUUUCUGAUGCACUCUGUAGAAAAAUAACAUUUGGGAAAUCACACUUUAUUUCCCAAGGAUGUUUACUAUUAUCUAGAUCUGUAAACUCCAAAAAAAAACUGUUUUAGUUGCAUUUCUCCUAUUUUAAUCAUUUUAUUGUUGCCGACCUCAAGCACUUGCAGCAAAAUGGCAGUCAGAAAUUUCAUUGCUUCAUAUUGUGAUCUGAAAUUUUUUACGUGUCAAACCUUGAUAUGUACCUAUUAAAUAUUUGGAUUCAAACAUU